UUUCUGCUACCAAAACAAUUAGUGACUAUGCAAGCUUAACUGCUCAUCAAUUUGCUUUUUUGUAAUUGUACCCAUACCCAACUAUCAUUAUUAGUUUUGAAAAAAAUCCUAGUGGUUUGGUUGGUUGUUAAAGUAUUGCUUUCACCCCUAUUAUUUAAUAACCUAUCCGGACCAUUCAAUUCGCCAAAUCUGUGACUCAGUUUAGCUUAACUACCAUGGCUUCCGACGAGGUAGUCAAAGAAGUGGCUGACUACUUCAGACUCUACAAAAGUGGCCGCGUUGAGCGUUUCUACGACGUGCAUGGUUCUUUCUACGUCCCACCAUCGCCCGAAAAUCCAACUUCUGGCGCUUUCUCCAAAGAUGUCACUAUCUCACCCCACGUAUCCGCCAGAAUCUACCUUCCUGAAAACACCACCAACGUCCAAAAACUCCCCGUCUUAGUGUAUUACCACGGUGGUGGACUUGUCAUAGAAUCCGCUUUCUUUACUUGGAUUCACCGUUACGUUAACUCUUUAGCCUCUGAGCUAAAUGUCGUUGUUGUUUCUGUAGAGUACCGCUUAGCCCCAGAAGUCGAUGUGCCCACAAUUUAUGAAGAUUGUUGGACUGCACUUCAAUGGGUCGCUUUUCAUGCUGACGAUGAAAAAUCAACCAUAGUUAACAAAGACUCAUGGUUAAUAAACCAUGGUGAUUUUAAUAGUGUGUUUUUAGCUGGGGACAGUGCUGGUGGGAAUUUAGCGUACCACAUGACUAUGAGGGCCGCAAAAGAAAGAUUGAAUAAUGAGGUGAAAGUUACUGGAUCAAUAUUUGCUUAUCCUUAUUUCUUGUUCCCAAAUAUUGAUAUUGAUGAAGAGGGUUUGGCUAAUAAGAUUUGGGUCCAUAUAUGUCCACCACUAGAGUCUAGGUUAUUAUCCCCAAUUGAUAGUCCAUUAAUUAACCCACUUUCUGAAAAGGCUCCGUCUUUAUCUGGGCUAGGUUGUUCGAGAAUUUUGGUAUGUUUGGGGAAAAAAGAUGAUAUUAUUCCUUUAGGAAUUGGGUUACGAUUUGUUGAAGGUGUGAAGGAAAGUGGAUGGAAUGGAGAAUUGGAGUAUCUUGAAGUUGAUGAUGGACAUGCCUUUCAGGUUUAUAAACCUGAAUCCGCCGCAGCUAAACGUAUGAUGAAAUGUUAUGCUGAUUUCAUCUUUCGCUAGUGGUAUGAAAAAAUAAUCUUCUGUUGUUUCUGUUUCAGAGCAAUUGUUCAGUUUCAUAUUGCAAAAUAAAAUAUUUUUAUUUUCCUG